AUGACUUCUCUGAUCACUAUUUGCUGGUCCUGUGCUCCAGUAGCAACUGCUGUUGUUUCUAGUCUCGGUCUCGCCCUCUUUGCUCUGGUCUUGGUUGUGCUAUACUCGAGGGCUCAUCGAGGGCUCAAGCAUACCGCAGACUUGGAAAUCACACAAGGAAGCAUGAUCAAAAUUCCUACAUGGCAAAGAUCCUAUGGCCUGGAUAUACAGCAGCCCUACAGGCGUGAAUCAUAUGAGUUCGAAGAUGUGUGA